GGCCAGUCCGAGAGCUUGGGCUUGCCCUACAAGGUGCAGAGGCUGCACAUGCUGCAACAUGGGCACCACGUCCUCGCCACGGCCGUAAACAGCCUCACGCGCCACGCGUUCACCUGCGGCCCGGGCGGCCUCAAGGUGUGGAGGCUGGGCGGCCGGGAGGCCCAGGACACCUUCCCCCAGAGCCACCUGCAUUGGCCCAUCCAGACCCCGGGCGCCUUCCUGUCCACCUGCAUGCUGGCCCCCAACGGCAAGAUGCUCUUCGCCGGCGGCCACGGCCUGUCGGGCGUGAAUGUCUGGGACCUGCUGGCGCCGGACUUGCACAACCCAAGCCAGCUGCCCUGCGAGGGGCUCUCCUGCCAGGCCCUGGACGCCGACCUCAAAGGCAGCCUGGCCUUCGCCGGCUUCAGCAACGGCACCGUCAGGAUCUGGGAUGUCCGGGAUCGGAAC